AUUAAAAAAUUAUAGAAAUUUUCUGGCAUCAUUUUUGUUCUUUUCCAUUGAAAGGUGUGCCCUCUUGUGCACCCUUAUUUUGCAUUAGUUACUUUUUUGCAUAUUGGCCAAAAGAAAAAAUGCUUCCAAUAACAAUAGACAUUGAAGACACAAGACCUUUGUUACACAGCAAGAGUGUGGGCAAGGUGCGCCUCAAAGACACGAUACAAGGAUGGGUACGACUAAUCUUGUCAGAUAAAGAUUCAAGAAAUCUUUUCUUCUUUUUGCUGCUGAACUUCUCAUUUGCAUUUGUAGAGCUAAGUUAUGGCAUGUGGACCAAUAGCUUGGGUUUGAUUUCUGAUGCAUUCCAUAUGUUCUUUGAUUGCUCGGGCCUGCUUGCUGGGCUUGCUGCUUCUAUUAUAACCAAGUGGAGCCCAAAUGAACGAUUUACAUAUGGCUAUGUUAGAGCUGAGAUUCUGGGAGGUUUUGUUAAUGGCUUGCUUCUGAUGUUUGUGAGCUUCUUCAUUUUUGCCGAGGCUGUUGAAAGAGCUAUGGAACCUCCUGAGGUAAAGCACGAGCGAUUGUUUGUGGUCUCGGUGCUUGGGUUUCUGGUAAACAUAGUGGGAAUUUUUGUAUUCCAACAUGGUGGUGCUGGACAUGGACACAGCCAUGGCGGAGGACAUGGACAUAGCCAUGGUGGUGGGCAUGGGCAUAGUCAUGGUGGAGGACAUGGCCAUAGCCAUGGUGGAGCAUCUCAUGACAAUCAUGAUGAAGAUCAUGAUGGCCACUCACAUAAUGGUGUUGGGCAUGGGCAUAGCCACGGUGGACAUGGUCAUAGCCAUGGUGGCUCACAGAUCAUGCAAGGAGUGUUCCUCCACAUUCUGGCGGACACCCUAGGAUCCGUGGGUGUAAUUAUCUCUUCUAUUUUGAUGUAUUAUUUCAACUGGAUGAUAGCAGAUCCCAUCUGCUCCAUGUUCAUAGCCGUACUCAUUUUCCUUAGCGUACUUGCUCUCCUGCGCAACUCUGUGGAAAUUCUCCUACAGAGAACACCCAGGGAGCUCGAUAAUGUUCUACCGGGCUGCUACCAGAGAGUUCGCAUGCUGCCUGGUGUGUUCAGUGUUCAAGAACCGCAUUUCUGGACCCUCUGUACAAAUCAUUCUGUUGGGAACAUUAAACUGGAAGUUUCCUCAGCUUCGGAUGCCAGAUACAUUGUCCAACAAACCACUCACAUUUUCAAGAGCGUUGGAGUGAAGCAACUUUAUGUGCAAUUAGAUUUCACCACCAUGUAGGCGAUUUUAAAACGUAGGAAAUCAUAAUAAAAAAUCGAGAGUUUCCUUGUGCUCCAAAAAGUUAAAUUUUUAUCAUUGGUUCAAUUCUUCCAUACAUGGGAAUUCCCAGCAUUCUGCUGGGGUUUCUGUUCCAAAGUUGUAACAUUACUUGUAAGUUGUUUGUUAUUUAACUUGCUGUAAUUUUUUUCAAUGUUUUUUCUUCAUUGUGCAAGACUUCCUGUAGUGAGGGUUUCACUUAAUUCUAUGUGAUGAAUGAAAUGUGAAGUAUAUUUUGUACGUGUGUGUUAAAAUGUAUGUCUU